ACCUGGACCCCCCACAAAGAAAAAACCAUCCUAUCCCCCUACACCUACCUAGCCACCCAACCCGGGAAGAACUUCCGCGCACUCCUCCUCUCCGCCUUCAACGAAUACCUCCAUAUCCCGAACGAAGCCCUUACACUCAUCACCAACAUAACCACCAUGCUGCAUACAGCCUCGCUCCUCAUCGACGACAUCCAAGAUCACUCCCUCCUGCGUCGCGGCCAACCCGUCGCACACGAGAUCUUCGGCACCGCGCAGACGAUUAACGCAGCGAAUUAUGUGUAUUUUCUUGCGUUACGAGAGGUAAUGAAGCUAGGGAGUGCGGAGGCAGUGCAGGUGUAUUUGGAUGAGAUGAUGAAUUUGCAUCGUGGGCAGGGGAUGGAUUUAUAUUGGCGGGAUACAUCCGCCAUCCCCACAGAAGCAGAAUACCUCGAAAUGGCGCAUAACAAAACGGGGGGUCUAUUCCGCCUUGCCGUCCGGCUUAUGCAGACACAAUCCACCACCACCAACAUCAACCUCAUCCCAUUAACGAACACCCUCGGCAUCCUCUUCCAAAUCGUCGACGACUACCGCAAUCUCUGCAACGAGGAAUACAGUGACAAAAAGGGAUUCGCGGAGGAUAUUACGGAGGGGAAAUUCUCGUUUCCGGUUGUUCAUGCGAUGGGUGUGGAUGAGGGGAAGAAUAAGGAUGUGUUGUUGGGGAUAUUGAAGCAGAGGACGGAGAGUGUGGAGGUUAAGAGGUAUGCGGUGGGGUUGAUGCAGGAGAGCGAGAGCUUGGAGUAUACGAGGGGUGUUAUUGGGGUGUUGGUUGGGAGGGCGAGGGAGGAGGUGGAGAGGAUAGAGAGG